GGCGAUUUGGUUUUCAUCGAUUUUGCAGAAGGAAAACAGACUUUAAAAGGCGAACUGAGGUGACACACAUCUCCAACAACAACAACAACAAAGGCAACAGCCAAAGCAAAGAAUCCAACGAAAGAGAUCCCAAAGAUACAUCAGGAAUCUUUGGUUGCUUUGCCAAGAAGGAAGAUCACCAGCAGAAUCCAAAAACCAAUAAGGCAUCAGAACCACGAGAAAGUUACAACUCGGGCAGCUAUAAAGUCCAACAAAAGGAGCAGGAACAGCAAAGACAGAUCGAGGGAUAUCCAUCCAUUUACCGACAGCAGGACGAGGAGUUUCAUCCGAUAAAGCAGGAGGAACCCCAAAGAAUAAUACCGCCCAUAUCCAAGCAACCGAGACCGCGAAAUACCCAGAGAUCACAGAGUCAGCCGUCAAUCAAUAACCGACGACGACCAGGUACCCCGCCGCCACACACCACCAACAACAACAACACCACCACCGCUGGAAACGGAACUGGAAGCAGGAGCAUGACCUCCAUACCUGCCAAUCUAUCCAGCAAUAAUGUUGCCGGAGCAGCUACCUUGCCGGGAGCUGCGGCAGUGCCCGAGAAACAGCCGUGGCCCAACUCCAAAGAUGAUUACGAGCUGAGAGAUGUGAUUGGUGUAGGAGCCACAGCCGUUGUCCAUGGUGCCUACUGUAUUCCCCGGAAUGAGAAGUGCGCCAUUAAGCGCAUCAAUCUGGAAAAGUGGAACACAUCGAUGGACGAGCUGCUCAAGGAGAUCCAGGCAAUCUCGUGUAAUCACGAGAAUGUUGUGACCUAUCACACCUCGUUUGUGGUGAGGGAGGAACUCUGGCUGGUUCUGCGACUCCUCGAGGGUGGCUCCCUAUUGGACAUCAUUAAGCACAAGAUGCGAACGUCCAAUUGUAAACAGGGGGUCUUCGAUGAGGCCACCAUUGCCACGGUUCUCAAGGAGGUGCUAAAGGGACUUGAGUACUUCCACUCGAACGGACAAAUCCAUCGGGACAUAAAGGCCGGAAAUAUUUUGAUUGGUGAUGAUGGAACCAUUCAAAUCGCUGAUUUUGGUGUCAGCGCUUGGCUGGCCACUGGCCGGGAUCUAUCCAGGCAAAAGGUGCGUCACACCUUUGUGGGCACACCCUGUUGGAUGGCGCCCGAGGUGAUGGAGCAGGAUCAUGGCUAUGACUUCAAGGCAGACAUUUGGUCCUUUGGAAUCACGGCUAUUGAAAUGGCCACCGGUACGGCACCCUAUCACAAGUAUCCCCCCAUGAAGGUGCUAAUGCUGACCCUGCAAAACGACCCGCCCACUUUGGACACGGGUGCGGACGAUAAAGACCAGUAUAAGGCCUAUGGCAAGACAUUCCGGAAGAUGAUCGUCGAGUGUUUGCAGAAGGAGCCAUCGAAGAGGCCAACGGCCAGUGAACUGCUGAAGCAUGCCUUCUUCAAGAAGGCCAAGGAUCAAUAUCUCACCCAGACGCUGCUGCAGUCCGGACCCAGCAUGGAGACCAGGGUGCACAAGGCGGCGAAAAGACAGCCCGGUGCUUCGGGUCGCCUUCAUCGCACUGUGACUGGCGAAUGGGUUUGGUCCAGCGAAGAGGAGGAUAAUGGAGGCUCCGCUGGCUCAGGUUCCGGCUCGGGUGGAGGCAGGAAACAGCCAUCUUCGGACUCUGAUUCAGAGGACAGACCCAUCAAUCGGUUGGAGAGAGCUGAUUCCUCGGACAGCGAUAGGGAAGAACCAUCGCCAGAGAUAACGCAUAGCGUUUCAUCCGCCACAAUGACACCAGGUGCCCCGGGAGUAGGUGCUGCUGGUGCUGCUGCUCCAGCCACCCAAGAGGUGACAGCUGGCCUGGCCCAAUUACCAAUGCCCAGUGAGUCGGCCGGUGAGGCGCCACCCGUCAAUCUUGUCCUGCGCAUGCGCAACUUGCGACGCGAACUCCACGACAUUCGGUUCGAGUUUGUGGUGGGCAAGGAUACUGCCGAGGGUAUAGCCACAGAGCUGGUAGAUGCCGGCCUGGUGGAUGCACUGGAUACCCAGCCAAUGGCCCAGCAUCUGGAUCAACUGAUAGCCGCCAGUGCCACGAUGAAAACGAUUACUUUCCAAUUAAGUUCCGGCGUGCAGCCGGGCGAAGUCCCCGACGAACGAUCAUUGGUGGGCUAUGCGCAAAUCUCCAUCACAGACUAAUAGUGAUUAAAUAUUAGCCGUGGUUAAUGGAGCCAAGGAUCACGGAUGAAGGCCAAACCCAAUCCAUCACAACAGCAACAAACCCCUCACAACUCCCUUCACCCUGCACCACCAUCUCUGAUAGAAGAGGAAAACAACAAAGAAUAUAAACAAGCCAGUCUGAUGAUGAUACGUAAGGCCAGGCCAGGAGGGUUCGGCGGGAUCUGGAUUCUCCCAACUGCUGCUGCUUUUAGCACUAGACUCUAGAACUAACUAUGUAUGCUAGUGAUAGAUCUUAACGCGAGCCCCGAUCGUUUACUAUAUAUAUAUAUAUAGAGAGAGAGAAAACUCCAUAAACACAUGUGUAUAUGUUAUGGAUUUAUAAGGAUGCGUCGAUUUCCGGUUGUCAACGAUUUUGUUUAGGAGCGGAAAAGAAACUUUUUGGUUUAAUCUUAGCUAUUAUAUAUUUAAUAUAUAUAUAUUUGCUUUCCUCUUUUAAAGUGUAAACCAUAUUUCUAAUUUAAUUAGAAUGGUUGGAUAAGUAAUUUGAAAUUCUUUUUUAUUUACUGCAAGAUUCUUUGAAUGAAACAAAUAAGGUCUAAGUUUUAAUUUGUUCCAUUUGGAUGUAAACCUUAUUGGCUACUUUCUGUUCCUAAUGUUAUGUUUCAACCACUGAAAAUCGACCCAAAGUUUUAUAUAUAUAUAUUAUUGCCUUACUUUCUAAAAAAGAAAAAUCCUAAAAGCGCAUUGUAAUUUAGUCCAUGUGGCAAAACGCCCCCCUUUUCCUCCUCGCCCUCCCACUAAAGUAGCUAAAGUAAUUAAAAGAAUCGUGUACUUAUUCGUUUUCGUUUGUCUUUAAGUAGCUCCUGUACAUAUACACCCAAAAUAUAUAUAAUGAAAUCAGUAGAUAGAUCCUGAUGUAGUCCUGCCUCUAUAUAAUACAUCAUUUACUACCAAUCGCACCUAUGUAUCCCCGCCAGGCGCCUUUAAUUUAUUCUCUAGCAAUCGUAAACUAGUAAUUUCUAAGUCUUGUUUUUGUUUUACUUUUAUUAUUUUAUAAAUUUUACCAUAUUAAAUUUUACCUUUCUGCUCUAUCUUUGGUUAAGAUCGCAAAGGAUGUCAACUUUAUAAGUGAGGGCAGAGAAAAAGAAGAAAGAAUGCAGAAACUAUAAUUCAAGCUAUGUAACAACUACCUUGAAGUAAAUCGUAAAUCAAUUACUUUAAAAAA